CCCUGAUCAAAAGUUUACAUACCCUUGAAUGUUUAGCCUUGUUACAGACACACAAGGUGACACACACAGGUUUAAAUGGCAAUUAAAGGUUAAUUUCCCACACCUGUGGCUUUUUAAAUUGCAAUAAGUGUCUGUGUAUAAAUAGUCAAUGAGUUUGUCAGCUCUCACGUGGAUGCACUGAGCAGGCUAGAUACUGAGCCAUGGGGAGCAGAAAAGAACUGUCAAAAGACCUGCAUAACAAUGUAAUGGAACUUUAUAAAGAUGGAAAAGGAUAUAAAAAGAUGUCCAAAGCCUUGAAAAUGCCAGUCAGUACUGUUCAAUAACUUAUUAAAAGUGGAAAAUUCGGGGAUCUCUUGAUACCAAGCCAAGGUCAGGUAGACCAAGAAAGAUUUCAGCCACAACUGCCAGAAGAAUUGUUCAGGAUACAAAGAAAAUAUUAAAUAUUUCUCAAGAUGGCGCCGAGUAUGGCUGCUGCGUUGCGAGCUCCGACACAACAUAGCAAUGUUUUGUUUGUUUUGUUCACAAUUCUUAUGUUUUUUGUCUUGGAUGUUGUCUGCCUUAUUGUCUACGACAGACAAACACUUUUGGACAUUGGUUCAGCGAUCUCACACCGAAAACCGGACUUCACAUUCCUCAAUGCCGACCCGCUGUUUACAAACACGCAAGCGGAGCCCUUUGUCUGGGCAGCACGGCCGCGGAAACGCAGGAGGAAAAGGGGAAACAGAGCCGGCGUUCUCAUCAGAGUAAGACGCUGCGCAAAUCGACCCCUGCUACCCACAAUUCUACUGGCAAAUGUUCAGUCUCUGGAUAACAAGCUCUGCGAGCUGAAAGCGCGGAUCUCUUUCCAACGAGAGACGAGGGACUGCUGCAUUAUCUGCCUUACGGAAACUUGGAUGUCUGCGGAGAUUCCAGACUCAGCCAUUGAACCCACGGGGUUCUCUGUGCACCGAGCAGACAGAGCGAAAGACCUCUCAGGUAAAACUAGAGGAGGUGGUGUAUGUUUUAUGAUCAACAAAUCCUGGUGUGAUCAGAGGAACGUACAUUCCAUCAAGUCUUUCUGUUCUCCUGAUCUGGAAUUUCUUAUGCUUCUGUGUCGACCAUUCUGGCUACCGAGGGAAUUCACAGCGGUCAUUAUCACUGCUGCGUACAUUCCCCCACAAGCCGACACAGACCGGGCACUCAAGGAACUGUAUGGGAUUAUAAGUGAGCAGGAAACCGCGCACCCUGAGGCCACGUUCAUUGUGACCAGGGACUUUAAUAAAGCCAGUUUAAAAUCAGUCGCACCAAAAUAUCACCAGCACAUUAGUUUCAACACACGAGGGGACCGGGUUUUGGAUCAUUGCUACUCUCCGUUCCGGGAUGGCUACAAAUCCCUCCCCCGCCCACCAUUUGGCAAAUCGGACCACUCUUCCAUUCUGCUUCUGCCCGCUUACAGGCAGAAAUUGAAACAGGAAGCACCCACCCUCAGAAAGAUCCAGUGCUGGUCGGACCAAUCAGACUCUACGCUACAAGACCGUUUUGAUCACACGGACUGGGAGAUGUUCCGGUCCGCCUCUGAUGACGACAUCGAGCUUUACGCUGAUAGCGUAAUGUGUUUCAUCAGAACAUGCGUAGAUGAAGUGAUUCCGACCAGAACUGUACGAAUCUAUCCGAAUCAGAAGCCGUGGAUCAAUAGCAAUGUUCGCGCGGCACUUAAUGUGCGGACCUCCGCUUUUAAUUCCGGGAACGCGGAGGAGCAUAAACAAGCCAGUUAUGCCCUCCGAAAAACUAUCAAAACAGCAAAACGCCAGUACAGGAGCAAGAUUGAAGGACAGUUUAACACCACCAACUCUAGAAGCAUGUGGCAGGGAAUUAACAUCAUCACGGUCUUUAAAGGGAAUAAAAACUCCGCCAUGAACACCGCUGCCUCUCUACCGGAUGAGCUAAAUAAUUUUUAUGCUCGUUUCGAGGGAAAUAACACCGCCCUCGCGGAGAGAGCUCUCACGGCCGAAGCUUUAGAGGUUAGUUCAAUCUCCGUCUCUGUAGCGGAUGUAACCCGAUCCUUCUGACGGGUGAAUAUCCUCAAAGCCGCGGGCCCAGACGGCAUUCCAGGCCGCGUCAUCAGAGCGUGCGCUUACCAGCUGGCUGGUGUUUUUACGGACAUUUUCAACCUUUCCCUCUCUUUGUCUGUAGUCCCCACAUGCUUUAAAACAUCCACCAUUGUGCCUGUACCAAAACAAUCAAAAAUAACUUGUUUAAAUGACUGGCGUCCUGUUGCUCUGACCCCCAUCAUCAGCAAAUGUUUUGAGAGACUAAUCAGAGAUUACAUCUGCUCUGUAUUGCCACUCAAUCUUGACCCGCUGCAGUUUGCUUACCGCAACAACCGCUCCACUGAUGAUGCCAUUGCAUCUACAAUACACACUGCUCUCUCCCACCUGGAAAAAAAGAACACUUAUGUGAGAAUGCUGUUUGUAGACUACAGCUCAGCAUUCAACACCAUAGUGCCCUCCAAGCUAGAUGAGAAACUCCGGGCUCUGGGCUUAAACAGCUCACUGUGCAGCUGGAUCCUGGACUUCAGGUGGUUAGAAUAGGCAGCAACAUCUCCUCAUCACUAACCCUCAACACUGGAGCCCCGCAGGGCUGUGUUCUCAGCCCACUACUGUAUUCCUUGAACACACAUGACUGUGUGGCAACAUAUAGCUCCAAUGCCAUCAUUAAGUUUGCUGAUGACACGACGGUGGUAGGUCUGAUCACUGACAAUGAUGAAACAGCCUACAGAGAGGAGGUGCACACUCUGACACACUGGUGUCAGGAGCACAACCUCUCCCUCAACGUCAGUAAGACAAAGGAGCUUGUGGUGGACUUCAGAAGAAAAGACAGAGAACACAGUCCCAUCACCAUCAAUGGAGCACCAGUGGAGAGAGUCAGCAGCUUCAAGUUCCUGGGUGUCCACAUCACUGAGGAACUCACAUGGUCCGUCCACACUGAAGUCGUUGUGAAGAAGGCUCAUCAGCGCCUCUUCUUCCUGAGAUGGCUGAGGAAGUUUGGAAUG